CCUGUCAAUUUCGUCGCCUCUUAUUUUUCUCGGAUAGUUGCAGCGGGGUUUGUAGUAAAACAUAAGUUGAUACUUUUAGCAAUAUCUUAAAAAAUAAUUAGUGCAAAAACGACUGAGCAUUGUCGCAAUUUUAAAAUGUCAUUUGACCUGAAGAAUGAAGCGGAUGUUAAGGAAUAUUUAGAAAAACUAGGCAUCGAGUACCGGUUCGGAUGUUACUCGGAGAAAAAACCCGAAGUUUGUCAUCUGUUAGGUGAUUAUCUAGAGGGAAUCAAAAAGGAUUUUGACAAGGCUGCCAAAGUAUACCGAUCCAACUGUGACGACUAUGGAUUUGCUAAGAGUUGCUUGAAAUAUGGAAACUACAGUUUCCUUGGUAAGGGACGAGCUUCGGACAAAGGUGAUCCUGUAAAAGCUUACCAAUAUUAUGAAAAAGGCUGCGAUUUGAAUGACCCUGAUGCCUGUCUGCAUUCGGGUCUCCUCUUGGUGUCCAAAUCUAUCCCUAAGGACCUUAAACGAGAUGUUCCAAAGGCGUUUGAAUACCUAAAAAAAAGUUGCGAAAUGAACAACGGCAAUGCUUGUUUCUACCUUUCCGGAAUGCAUAUUUCCGGCAUUCUGAAGGAAGAAUAUAACACUGCUAAGGUUAAACAGGAGGUAGAACAAAAAGACAAACCAUCUUCGAAAAAUCAAACUUCCUCUCUACCGGCAGCAGCCUAUGUUGUGGAAAGGGACAUGCAGAAAGCUUUUGAAUUCGCCUACAAAGCAUGUGAACUGCGAAAUAUGUACGCUUGUGCGAAUCUAAGUCAAAUGUAUGCCAAAGGUGAUGGCAUUGCUAAGGACGAAAAGAAGGCAGAAAAAUACAAACAAAUGGCGAUGGAAAUGCAGGACGAGAUAAAAACGCAAAAGCAACUCAACUUCCAACAGGGUCUAAACCCAACGUAGAUGGUGACAUCCACGCUGGUGGUGGUGGAAAUCGACAAACGUGAUUAGAAUGUGAGUGUUUAAUUCGUACCGCAACUGUUUAGAUCCGAUCCGGUUUGACGCUUGUGACGACUUUUAGCUUCGUUCAAAUGUACCUUGCAAUUUACGUCGCAGUGUAAAAUAUAUAACAGUCAGCUGUUUCAGUUGAUUGAUAGAAAUGUUUAGAAAAUAUGUGAAAUGUUAUGUAAAAAAU